AUGGAGAAUGGACGCAUCUACUCAGGUAUACACCAUGGGCGUUACCUACUCCCUGUAGACGAGGCAGAGAUGGACCGACUCGACGCCAUGCACAUGUUCUUCUAUCUUACGAGAUACAAGAUGCUAUGCAGCCGGCAUAUUCUUGAUCUCAAUAACCCAAGUAGCCUACCUGCAGAGCCCAGGAUUCUUGAUAUCGGAUUCGGAACGGCCAUAUGGGUCCUCUCUGUCGCUGAACCCCAUGUUGUGAAAGGUUUCGAUCUAUGCCUCCAGAUGCAGCCACCGAGCAUUGUCCCGGGUGUCGAGUUGAAGGCCGUAGACGUUGAAGAGCCAUGGCCCAGUGAUGCUGGAGAGAGCUCGUGGCACUUGAUCCAUGCACGCAUGCUUUCUGGUGCCAUCAGGUCGUGGCCACGUCUCUACAGCCACGUAAUCAAGCAUCUGAUUCCAGGACAAGGGUGGAUUGAGCACGUGGAAAUUGAUUGGGAUUUUCAGAGCGACGACGGGCCGGUCUCGAGGCGGCUGAGGUUCUGGGCUGACGAGCUCCUGGAUGCAAUGGACCGCGCGGGGCUGCCCAUGCGGAUCGAUCCCAAAGCUAUCACACAGGCGCUGGGUGAUGCCGGUUUCACCAAAAUCUCGCAGGAAGUCAUCAACGUGCGGGUCAAUGGGGCCUCCACCAACAACUAUGACGCCGACGCCGGGCGGUGGUUCAAUCUGUCCUUCAAGAAAGGCUUCAUGUCCAUGAGCCUGGCUCCUCUGGUCAAGUUCAAGCAUUGGCACCCAAGGGAUGUAGAAGCCCUCUACGAAGAAAUAAUGAGGGAGGUCGGUGAUCGGGCAAAUAAGUCCUAUUGCAAGCUGUAA